UGGCCCGUCAUGUGAUCACGGACUCGUGUCCUAUGCUGCAUUGAAGCUCUACAGUCUCCUGCUGCGCCUCUGCUCGUGCCCUCUGCUGCUCUGCACAAUAUUGAUUACAUCGGACUUCGUGCUCCCUGGCCAUCAGCCAGCUACACUUCCUUCCUGUUGUUCAUCUACUCCUUCGGCAGCCAUUCAGAUUCAAGGUGUAGAAAUCUCUCCCCUUCCGGUCAGGCGGCCACCCAACGGCACAUCGACAAGCGAGAUGGCUCGGGGAAGAGGCAGUGCAGCGGGUGCAGGGCGAGCCAUUGCCAUGGCCUUCGCCGUUGCCUGCUGCUGCAUUCUUGCCGGCUGCGGCGUCGCCGAUGCAGCAGCCACCUACUACGUCGGGGACGGCAACGGCUGGUCCCUCAGCAGCCCUAGCUGGCCCAACGGCAAGCAUUUCCACGCCGGAGACACCCUUGUGUUCAGAUACAUUCCCUGGGUGCACAACGUGGUGGCUGUCAACGAGGACGGGUACAACAGCUGCACCACGCCGCCGGGGUCGCGGACCUACACGUCCGGCGACGACCGCGUCAGGCUCGCCGAGGGGGACAACUUCUUCAUCUGCACACGAUUCGGCCACUGCAACCUCGGCAUGAAGCUCGUGGUUUAUGCCGCGUGAGUGCGGCCAUGAUUUGGUACGUUGUUUCAUCUGCCUUCACCUAUCUGCAGCUAUGCACUAAGCACUUCGGUGUGGGCCGUGUGGCAGUUGGUUUCUCGGUUCUAGGCUAGGAGAUUGCUCUCAGUGUGAGUGUGAAUGCGUUUGUCCCGGAGUGAAUUGUGUCAUGCUUUGAUUUUUCAUGUAACCAUUGUUGAUGGCAUAUAUAUUGUGUCUGAAUAUUUGCUUUCCAUGGAAAACCAUUUCAUGCGGCUGGUAACAGUUCUGCAUUGUCUGAUGGAUUGUAAACGCUGAACUGGCCACGAGACGUACGAGUUGCCGAGCUGGUUCAGCAUGCUGUUAGCUCCUCUCUAUGCGCGAUGCAUCUGUUCAAGGUCUGAAGUCUGAACACGGAAAUAAGCACCGAGUUGUUAGUCAUAUUUCUUCCAUUAUGAUCUCCUAAUUUCUUCCUUUGACGUUCUGGAGAACCACUCUGCAAUUUUUGUUAGACUAGAAGGUAAGAUUUUGGUCUGAGGAGCAGCCAACAGAUGGCUGGUGGUAGGGAGGCUGUCCAUUGUCUA